AUGGAUGCCUUCUUAGCAUAUGUUCUUCCUCUUGUACUCCUCCCUCUCUCCCUCUAUCUCGUCUUUCAUAAACGCGGUUCGGAGGACUCAAAAGUGCCUCCGGGUUCAAAGGGAUGGCCAAUGUUGGGAGAAAAUAUGGAGUUCGCCUUAUUAGGUCCUCAGAAGUUUGUUAAAGAUAGGAUGGAGAGGUACUCGCAGGAGGUUUUUCGAACCUCGUUGCUGGGAGAGAAAAUGGCGAUAUUUUGUGGCUCACAAGGUAACAAGUUCCUUUUCACUAAUGAGAACAAACUUCUUACUUCAUGGUGGCCACAAUCAAUGAAGAAGGCCUUGCUUUUUCCGGAAUUCGUGGAAAGUAAUUUGAAGGAAGUAUCGGCUCUUAAACGUAGCUUUCACCACGACAUUCUCAAGCCCGAGGCUCUAAAGAAAUAUAUACCAGUGAUGGAUGCACUUGCUCGUGAACACUUGGAUGCUGACUGGACCGCGAAUGGAGUGGUGAAAGUUUUCCCUUUGUCGAAAACAUACACAUUCGCCUUGGCGUGUAAAUUGUUUUUGAGUAUAACCGAUCCCGAGCACAUAAAGAGGCUAGCCGAUCCCUUCACCCUCGUGACUAAUGGAAUGUUCUCCGUGCCUAUUGAUUUGCCCGGCACUGCUUAUAACCGUGCAAUCAAAGGAGGAAAAAUGGUGCGGGAUGAGCUUAUGAAAAUCAUCAAGAAGAGGAGAAAGGAGAUAAUUGCGAACAAUGAGACUGAGGGUCGAGACUUAUUGUCGUGUAUGUUGCUCGUUAAAGACGAAGAUGAUAAGUUCUUGAGCGAAAUGGAGAUUUCGAACAACAUAAUAGGUUUGCUAGUGGCAAGUUUCGAAACUACUAGCUCUGCUGUCACUGCUGUCAUGAAUUACUUGGCAGAACUUCCCCAUAUAUAUAAUGGUGUUUUCAAAGAACAAAUGGAGAUUGCAAAAUCUAAAGGCCCAGAUGAGCUUUUAACAUGGGAGGAUAUUGAGAAGAUGAAGUAUUCAUGGAAUGUGGCACGCGAAUCACUCCGGUUAACACCUCCAGCUCAAGGAGCUUUUCGCGAAACCACGACUGACUUCACCUAUGCAGGUUUUACUAUCCCUAAAGGAUGGAAGACAUUUUGGACCGUGCAUACAACACACAAGAAUCCAAAGUUCUUCCCUAAUCCUGAAAAGUUCGAUCCUUCAAGAUUCGAGGGAAGUGGACCGGCACCUUACACAUUCGUGCCAUUCGGGGGAGGACCACGAAUGUGCCCCGGAAAAGAGUAUGCUCGGCUUGAAGUACUUGUUUUUAUGCAUAAUGUGGUGAGAAGGUUCAAACUUGAAAAGGCAAUCCCGAAUGAGAAGAUAAUUUUCUAUGCUUCUCCCACGCCAGAGCAUGGCCUUCCGCGUCACAGCAGCAAGGAGCCACCACCCAACAGUGCUCCAAAUGGUGGUCUUGAAGGAGAAAAUUUCAGAUCGGGCUGCUGCGAUUCUGCCUCGAUAAUAGCCAUUGCACAAAAGUGCUUCACAGUGUACCGGGAAAUGGAUUCCUUGAUGAGAAGAGAAUUCAAAUCAAGAAAGAAGGAAACAGAAACACAUUUCUUGAAAAAUGGAGGUGCACUACUCGAAGAGCUUAUUGCUACUUUCAGUGCUAGAUAUAAGAUUCCUAUACGUAAUUUCAAUGCCGAAGAGAUCAUUAAGGCCACAAAGGGCUUUGCUGAGAGUCUUAACAUUAGCAACUUUGAUGGGAGUAUGUACACGGGUUUUCUUGACAAUCGACCAAUUUUAGUAAAGAAGUUUCAAGGGAACGAUUCAAGUAUUGUGCAUCGUAUUAUUCGUGAUGUAGCAAUUAACUCACAAAUGAGCCACCACAAGAACGUUUUGAUGUUGAUCGGUUGUUGUUUAGAGUUCGAGUAUCCUGCUCUAAUAUACAAAUUUUGUCGGACCCAACUUCUUUCUGAUCUACUUUUUGCAUCCGACCGUGCAUUACCAUGGAAACAUAGAUUAAAAAUAGCGAAUGACAUUGCAAACGUAGUUGUCUAUCUUCAUACUGCAUUUUCCACACCUAUCAUUUUUAGGGAUCUAAAACCAAGAAAAAUCAUCAUAGACGAGCACGGUGUUGCCAAACUGUUUAGCUUCUCCCUUUCUAUAUCUCUUCCUCCGGGUGAAAUGCAAGUUAAAGAUAUCGUUUGUGGAUCAGUUGGGCACCUAGACCCUGUAUAUGCAUCGUCUGGCGUUGUCACUCAAAAAACAGAUGUAUUCAGCUUUGGCGUUUUACUGUUAGAACUAUUAACAGGACGGCGAACUUUGAGCAUGGAUGAUGAAGUUUUCUCACCUCUCGUACACGGUGUAAUUAAACACAUUGGCAAGGAUGAGUUAGAUCAAAUUGUGGAUCCUAAAAUUUUAGAAGAGUGCAGAGGAGUUGAAGAAAUUCAGCAAAUACUAGCUUUUCUUUAUCUUGCUUUGAGAUGUGUUGAUCCAGAGGAAGAAGACAGGCCAUUUAUGAUUGAUGUAGCAAAAGAACUUAGAAAAAUUGAGAGGAAUCCUCAUCAAUUAUCUCCACAAAAAACAAUGGAGAACACUAUACAGGUUUAUUCCUCGAGGAAAUAUUCUUGGCUUCAGCAAAAUUAG